AUGGUCCCCUCAAAAUGUGAUCCCCUAAUAGAUGCCGGUCGUAAUGUGGCGGGCUGGCUCGAGAACCUCCUUGACGAGGACGAAUUCAAAAAAUGGGGCUUUGAGAAUUUUAUGGCUCUCCUCGUGAGCGCCGUCCCAGAAUGCCUUAAGUUUUAUAAUGGCCUUGAUCUCCUCGACACAUUCACCCUAACGGUCUUGGAAGACCCCUCCUUUAAAGGCGCAACAAUCGCUACUCUACGCGAGCACUUCAAUCAGUGGGCUAAGACUUUGUUAAAAGAAGAAAAGAGUAUUGCUGAAGACUACCGACCAUGUACCGGCUGCUACCGGUUUUUCAUUACGGUGGACCAAGAAGCUAUGGAUUCGGGAUUGAGUGCCCCCAAAGAUGAAGAUGAAGAAGCAUUUGUUCGUGUGGUUUACGCUGAAUGGAAACCAGAGAUGCUUGAUGAAGAAGAUAUUGCGAAUAGUGAUGUGUAUGGGCCAGAUAUUAAGGGGUGUACCCAGAACGAUGUGGGUUGGAUGAAAAUGUGCUGGCGUUAG